CAUAGUAAAAAACUAAAAAACGUUGAUCAGAACGUAAACACUGCAACUGCUUCAAAAUAAUGUCAAGUGACAGCUCGAGUCUGUCUGAUGCGAAGGAAAACAAAAAGGUCGAACUUUCGAUCGAAGAUUUGGCAGUCGAGGAUGAUUUCUCAACACCGGAAAAACAAGAGGCGCGGGCCUUUUUGCGGGAACGAUUUUUACGCGUGAUAACCGGCAUCGUUGGUAAGCCGUCAAAGUUUCAUUUGUACGAAAACACAAGCGUCACUGCAGAAUUUCGAGGCUGCGAUAUCGAUUUAUCGGAGCUGUACGUCAGAAAUUUAGCUACACCUUGUGGAACUGUACCAGAAGCUAUCCUUAGAACCACGGACGUGAUUGUUGUGGAAGUGGAUAAGGUGUGAAUGAAUACAAUUGACAAGACUUUUUAAAUUAUACAAAUUUAAUGCGAGUCAUGUAAAAAUUUUAUCGUA